CUCUCGGAAGCGGUCUGCUGCCAAAAGGGGAUGGAAGGUGUUUUGCCGUGCGUACGGGACCAUGCUUAGCUUUCGUUCAUGUAAUUUGCAUGCGAGUGCGUCCUGAAAAAAAGUCCUCGCUACAACAGAGCAAAUUUCAAUCGUGCCAACAAAGUGGAGUGUCAUCCACUUACGCGUUUCUUGCAGCAACUCAAGCGAAUUAUGAUCGUGUGAAGUGCGGUUAGCUUCGACCCAACGUUGUUUCGACCUGCCCUCCGCCUUGGGACAAGAAACAUGGCACUCUUCGGCGUCCAGAUCGUGAUUACGAUGAUAAUGGCCAGCGUUCUACAAAAGCUGUCGCCGCAAUACUCGAUAUCUCGCUGGAUCAUCUGUAAAAGACUGAUACGGUAUCUUCACCCGUCGGACGAAGAACUCAAGUCACUUGCUGGAAUUUCGGGAAAGUCUUUCAAGGGAAAAGGCCGAAGAGAAAAGUGGAGAAACCGCAAUGGCUCCUUGGAUGAUGGCAAGGACUACGAGGAGUUUCUGGUGCCAAAAAGCGUGCCCGUGGUGUUGCAAGCGGCACCGAUCACGGCCGAUGAAGCACUGCAGCUCCGUUUCUACACCGACUACCAGUGGCUGAUGGAUUUCGCCCUGCACGCCGUCUUGGUGUAUGCCGUCACGGAGGCCUACCGCUACUACUUUCCCGGUCGCGAAGAGAUCAACCUCAGCCUGGUGUGGUGCUUGUUGGUGCUGGGCUUUGCCAUCAAGGUCCUCUUCUCACUGACAGCCCUCUAUUUCCGUGGUGAGGAGCCCAUUGGGGAACGCUCGCUCUGCCUCGUCUCAGGGUUCACCUUUUUCGUCCUCGCCAUGGUGGCAUUGAUUGCUGACGAAGACUUCCUUGAGUUUGGUCUCCGUGAUGCAUAUAGAAGUUUCAACGAGAGUUCGCACCAGUUUCUUCAAACGCAAGGUUUGAGUUCAAGUGGUCCUACAUCUCAGCUGAUGUUCAAGUUCUCACUAGCCGUGUGGUGUGGCCUUGUGGGGGCUUUCUUCACAUUCCCUGGCCUCCGUUAUGCCCGCAUGCAUUGGGACUCCUUUAAGUAUUGUGAAGGGCAGCAUUUCCUCAGGUUGUUGCUUCACAUGAGCUUUGUCUCGCCUCUCUUUGUGGUGCUGCUGUGGGUGAAGCCUCUUGCCCGCGAAUAUUUCACCGAGAGAUCUUUCCCGGGCAUGAAGGGGAAUCUAAUCAGUGGGGAGGCAUUUGAGACAAGCCGCAUCGUGCUAGUGCUGGCUGUUGUGGUGCUGCGGCUCUGCCUGAUGCCACGGUACCUGCAGUCCUAUUUGAAUCUGGCCCCUGAAAAGAUGGCUGAGCUUCGCAAGGAAGCUGGAAACAUCAGCAACAUUGACCUUCAGCGCAAGGUUGUUCGUGUCUUCUACUACUUGUGUGUAGUAGCCCUGCAGUACAUCACACCAUUGCUCACGUGUGCAUUUACAGCUCUCCUGCUGAAAACUUUAGGUGGUCACAGUUGGAUGGCCUACCUGUGGUCACCGGGCAAUCCUGGUGCCCCUGUUCAACACGACAAGGUCCCCGGAGUGCCGCCGAGGGGUCCUUCUCCAGAAUCCAUCCUGGCAACUAGCCAGCAGUUCUCGCUAACGCUAGCCGGGCUCCGAGCCAUCUUCACGCCAGUGUUAUUCCGUGGCGUCCUCAGCUUCAUGACCUGGUGGCUGUGUGCCACGUCUUUUGCUACCAGUGUCGUUGGACUCGUGUACCACACGUACACUUCCUAGGUUGAAAUUGUUGAACAGUAGCGCUAGUACGAACGAGAAUUUUUACAACAAGGCGGUUUCGCGUCGGAGGCACUUCGUGAGACGUGGUUUGUGCAUGUGGUAGCAGGCAGGGUGACAUCUUUUUAGAACCCAUUUAGGCUAGGAAUAAUACCACUUGGUUUCGAGUACUUGUGAGAGCUGGGGACGGGUUCACUUAAAUCUGGGUUUGCGCAACUAGCUGCUUCAGGAUACGUCUCGGUAUGCAGGAGGUUGAUAGUGCGGUUAACACAUUGCCGCCAUAAUUUCGAGGAAGUUAACUUUAUGGCAACUAUACUUUGCUCAUGAAGUGGGUUUUCGUGUGCGAGUGCAUUGACAAAUGCUGAUUAGCUGUGCAAGAAGUGAAGCUUAUGCAAGCCUACGUGAGGCCAGUCUUUGAACGCAAAACCUUGAUGAAGCAAGGUAUGCUGUAGUUUAAAUGACCUUUGCCUCUUUUACAUUUGCAUAUCACAUGAAUGUGGAUGAUCAUUCUUCACUGUGUACAGUGUAACACAGGGCCGGUAUUUUAUAGCACUGCCUUUCCGCGCUUUGCAAUGGUCUGCCUAACUGGCCUGCCUGACUUUAUCAAUUGGCCCAGCUGGCCAAUAAGGCUAGCAUAGAAACGGGCUUAACGCAUGGCUACAGAAUACUGGCCCAGUCAUUCCAAAUGGCCAAGGUCAUUUGGAAUAGCAGUGCACGUACAUGGGCACUGAGCAUGGGUUAUACAAAGCUUGGAGCUUGUAUAUGAUGUGUUCGUGUUGUGGUACUUAAAUGCCCUCUGCCCAGCAGUGUCGGGCUCCUCUCUCACAUGGAAUGUUUUGUUAGCUCCAUUACAGAGUCUCGUUUUGAUAUCUUGUUAACAAUCAUUCAUGAAAUUUUCACACUUUUCCUGCUAUUGUCACUUGGUAGUGAUGUUUCUCACUCUUUCUUGAGUUAACCAGAUUAUGUUCUGCAGGCAGUGGUAUGAUAAAAAUAUCGAGACUGCCAACACAACAUCGCCAAACUGACCGUCAACUUAGUAAUAAGUGUGUUUCUCUUGUUUAGUGUCCCAGUUAACUGCUUAGUUGUAUCCUGCGCUUCUCAGCAAAUUAAGUUAGGGCAAACGAUGAGUGAUUCUGUGGCUCACCACACUACAUCCACGAGGCAUGCUGGCUGUUCAACGCAGAUACUACUUGGCGUUUCCUGUGCACAACUGCACUUUACUGUGUCAUUCGUCGCCUUUGCUCAAGCACGUUGUUAGUGUUGAUGUCACAUUAUCGGUUGGUUUCUCAUACUGUUGUGUUUUAUAUGAUUUUGGAAGUGCAAUCUUAAGUGUUUGGCAUAUUGUGAUUGAGGUAAAUUUGAGGACUAAGAACUUGAGUCAGCUGUACAGGAGUUAAACCGUGACUUGGCGAUCGUGUGUUGCAUUAUUGAUAUUUGUUUCAAGGCUGCUUUGGCUGCAUGUACAUUCGUUUUUAGUUGCAUGUUGUUGAGAAGGCACCCUUGAGAUUUACUUUGCAAGAGAUUGAAAUAACAAGACACACAAAGUGUAGUUUUGCACCCAGGCAUGAUUGUGACAAUUAUGUAGCCAGUUCCAUGGGUAGGUGCUUGGCUGAAUGAAGGCAUAGCUUCAUUUUCUUGGCAACAUGCAGGUCAACAAGCCGUGUGUGAACUUAUGGAAAGUUUUUACGAAGUUUAUGAAUACCUUUCACAUGUGUGCAUGGUGAAUGUACACUGCUAAGCACCACACACAUUCUUUUCCCAGAGAAGUGUUUUUUUUUUGUACAUUUAGGUGUCAACAGUAUUUUAAACGUAGGUACGAUAGACAUUGUUGUUUUCUCACUAUAUCGUUUAUAGGCCACCAUAGUAACUUAUUAAUUUGUAGACAAGCUUCUUCAUGCAGUUGGUAAAAAUCAUGAUAUAAAACCUAUGCAACUACUAGUCUGUUACUAGUAUAUAGCCUUUUUCAGUGUCAAAAUGGGGUCUCACUUCAUCAAACUGCUCUUAUGUAACCACAUGUGAUAGGCAUCAUCUUCCACAGUCAACGUAGUCACUUGUGUGCCUUUUUUCAAUGCUGACGGAUAUGUGCAGCGUGUUGUGAAAUGGUGUAAGUGUUGUUUUCGAGUGUAUGACAUUUUUCUUAUAAACAACACACAUCGCA